UGCAGCAUUGAGUAUAAUUAUUAGAAGUUGAUAUGCAGGAAACGUUUUUCUAAUUUUAAUGACUGACUUUGGGGUUGACUCUUUUAACAACUGGUACCAAACCUUCCUCAAAUAUCACCACAUAUUUCUCAUCUUUUGUUCUAUAGCUUACACUGUUUUUUGAAAACUGCUCUUCUGCUGGCUUAUUCUAAGAAGGGCUUUUGCUUUAUUUUCCCCCUUUUUCCAGCCUUUCCAUAACAAGUCUUGGGUAAUAAGUUGUUAAAAUGUAUUAAGUACCAAGUUGGUGUCUACGAUGUGUUUGUUAUUGCACAGUUCCUCUGCAGUGGCCCCGUUGUCUCAGCUCAAGAUGUACAGCUUCAUGGGUGGGGGCCUGUUCUGUGCCAUCGUGGGCAACAUCCUGCUGGUGGUCUCCACCGCCACGGACUACUGGAUGCAGUAUCGUCUGUCUGGAAACUACGCCCACCAGGGUCUCUGGCGGUACUGCAUGUCCAACAAGUGCUACAUGCAGACCGACAGCAUAGCUUAUUGGAAUGCCACCAGGGCCUUUAUGAUCCUGUCGGGAAUGUCAUGCUUCGCAGGCAUCAUCGCCGGCAUCAUGUCCUUCUCACACUUCUCCUCCUUCGAAAGGUUCAACCGCUCCUUUGCUGCAGGAAUCAUGUUUUUUAUCUCCACUUUCUUUGUGCUGCUGGCUAUGGCAAUCUACACUGGUGUGACGGUGAACUUCCUGGGAAAGCGCUUCAGCGACUGGCGUUUCUCCUGGUCCUACAUCUUGGGCUGGGUAGCCAUGCUCAUGACCUUCUUUGCAGGUAUUUUCUACAUAUGCGCCUACAGAAUGUGUGAGUUCCGGAGAGGAACUGGGCCACGCUAGAUGUCUCCAGAACACAGAGAACUCUUAGUUUGGAUCGACAAGCAAGAAGCAGCAGGGGAGUCACGACUGAUCCAGUGAAGAUGCAACAUCUGAUGGAGAUGCUCUCGCAGGUCUUUGGCGGUCUGCUCGACUUGUUUAUGAAAGGACGCGGGAACGCAGUUUUUA